AUGAAGAUCUUGACGGAGCAAGAGCAACGCGACAAUUAUUAUGCCACAUUGAAAGGAGGCCUGGUGGGCGGCUUGGGCGGCCUCGGUCUGGGCGCGGCGGGAGUGUGGGCGGCGUCUCUUCGCUUUCCUGCCUUUCGCCAAAUCACGCUUCCACUACGAGUCUUCUUGAUCACCAGCUCCGGCACAUUCGGAGCCAUCGUAGCAGCAGAUGCCGGCUCUCGAGCGUACGAGCGACAGCGAAACCCCGACAACCAGUAUCAAGAUGAACAAGCGAGCAUCCGGCAACAGGCGGACGCACAAAAGACGGGAAAACAGCGCACGAUGAAUUGGCUGUCAGACAAUCGCUAUGGUGUCGUGUUUGGGUCGUGGGUGGCAUCGAUGGGCACGGCGCUUGGGCUCGUCGGCCGAAAUCCAUACCUGACCGGGCAGCAGAAGCUCGUGCAGGCUCGUGUGUAUGCGCAGGGACUUACGCUCGCGGUGGUGAUUAUCUCUCUGGCGUUUGAGACGAGUGACUCCUCGCGGGGCAAGGGCCGAUGGGAGACGGUCAAGGUGCUGGAUCCCAACGACCCUACACACAAGCAUAUGAUUGAGAAGAAGAUCCAUCACGAGAGUUACGAAGGCGAGGACCAGUGGAUGGACAUGGUUGCUUCGGAGGAGCGCAAGCUGAAGGAGCGGGAGAAGGCGCACAAGCAGCAGCAGAAGAAAGAUGGUAACGGCCAUGGAAAUGGAAAUGGCAACGGCAAUGGCAAUGGCAAGAAGAAUGGCAAAGGCAAAGAGAAGGAGGAGAAGUCGGAUGAACUGCAUGCGAAGCCGGAUGAGAAGCCGCCAAAGGUCAACGCGCGAUGA